CCCCGCCCUUCUCAUCCUCGAUUCGAACUGUCAGCUGGCGUCGCCUCCUCGCGGCUGGACAGCGGGUGUGCAGCAGGUUUAUACUCUUCUUUAGAGGCUGUCUUUCUUCUCUCCCAGUUACUCGAGUGACCAGGACGACGCAGCCCGAGUGGACUUUCCAAAUGAGAAGUUUGUUGUGCAUGAAGUAAAAUUAAACUAGUCGCUUCCGCGCCUUCUGGGGAGGCAGUCGUCGAGGCCGUGAAUUACAUGCUUUGUUGGGUUUCAUCGCUCAUUUUGGUGUAAUGAGGGACCGCCUGGCCGAUCUGUCAGCCUGUAGCAAACAUGACAAUGAAGAAGUUGCAGUUACAGUGGAAAAAGAUAAUUUUAUGGAUGAAUUCUUUCAGAAUGUUGAAGAGAUUCGAAGCAUUAUCGCAAAAAUAGCAGCCGAUAUUGAUGAGGUGAAAAAGAAGCACAGUAACAUCCUGUCUGCACCGAAUCCUGAAGAAAAAACCAAACAGGAACUUGAGCAACUAAAUAAUGAAAUCAAGAAGAAGGCCAAUAAAGUGAGAUCAAAGUUAAAAUCCAUGGAGCAAAACUUCACUCAACAGGAAAAUGUUAACUUGACUUCAGUAGAUCUUCGAAUUCAAAAAACUCAGCAUUCUGUGCUGUCUCAGAAGUUUGUGGAAGUAAUGACGCAGUACAACGAAACUCAAAUUUCAUUCAGGGAUAGAAGUAAAGGAAGAAUACAGAGACAACUUGAGAUAACUGGAAGAGCAACUUCAAAUGAAGAGCUAGAGGAAAUGCUUGAAAGUGGAAAUCCUGCAAUAUUUACCUGUGACAUUAUCUCUGACUCAAAAAUUACUCGUCAGGCCUUGAAUGAGAUUGAAUCCAGGCAUAAAGAUAUCAUUAAACUGGAAUCAAGCAUUAAAGAACUACACGAUAUGUUUAUGGAUAUGGCUAUACUAGUAGAAACACAGGGUGAAAUGAUUAAUAGCAUAGAACACCACGUGUUAAAUGCUGCUGAGUAUGUGGAACAUGCCAAAGAAGAAACUAAGAAAGCUGUGACUUACCAGAGCAAAGCACGCAGGAAAAAGAUAUUUAUAGCUGUCUGUGCGGUUGUUGGCCUCAUCAUUUUAUUAAGCAUCGUCACAGCAUCGGUGGCAUAACUUCUUCCAUUUGUGCCAAAGGAGAGAGGCUGUGGCCUCCAGAGGAGAAGAUAACCUUGGCCUCCAUUAAAGCUGAAGACGACAGAAUGUGUUGAAGAGCACUUUUGUGUUAGUUUUAAACAUGCACCAUUAGCAGAAUACCCUAACAGUAAGCACAUUUAUAACUGCCCCUCAAUGAAUUCAUGUUCAUAAAAAUAAUCUUUGUGUUUUAUGUCAGAUUAUUACAUUAAUGUGUAAUACGAUAAGAUGCAGCAUAUGAUUGAUAUCAGACCAGCAAAGAUGUGCAGCAGGGGGCUCUAGUAUUGAUAGCCCAGCAUAGCUUACAGUUAGGAAAUGUCAGCCUUUCAUUUUUAAAAUUUUUUUUUCAUUUAAUUUAUUGUUUUUAAGACUGACUUCACACCUUUUAGUCAAAUGGUUUUUACAUGGUAAUGUUUUAAGAUUAAUUUUUAGACAUACUGCUGGCAAUUAAAUGGAUAAAAUAUUUAAGGGCUUUAAAUGAUGCUGUGAAUUUUUUAUCUUAAUAUAAUUAAAGUUUUAUAUUGCUUAACUGCCAGAUGAAAAAUGCUGUGACCUAAAUAUAAAUGUUUAAAUCUUGGUUCAGGCAUAGCCACAUCUGCGUCUUCUUAAGACCCCUACGUCUUUACAUACUCCUUUGUAUUAUGGUAAGGGUGAGUAGCAGGACGUCUUUCAUAAGAAGGGCUGUAAAGUGGCGAGGCUGAAGGGAUGUGUCGCACUGUACAAAACAUCCCAGUUUUAGAACAGCAGCACACCCACCGGUGCAUUACGUGACUCGAAUGGCUUGUUGCUGUGGCCUACAGUAUUUGCUUAAUUUCAAAGGUUGAUACAACUUUAAACUUUCAAGUGUUUUUGGUUUUGUUCUGCUCUAUCUUCUUUCUGUCCUUAUAAAAAUGGGCUCACUUGUUGUAUUGUGGUUCAUUGCCAUUUUAUGUUGCAUGUACUCUCUUCACACAUUUUUCUGUCAUCCACGUCAAAGUGAGCCAAAGGCUUUAUCUACAAACACUGAAGACACUCCAGGGGUACUGAGCAGAUCCUUCUAAAAGGGCACAUUUUGACACCACGUGGCUAGAAUGAGACCCUGCUCCAUCCAGGAGAGUUCACCCCCAUAUAUCCCUGUUAGCCACUCUUGUUAGUAAAAUAAGUUUGAUGCUAUCAUGUUGUUUUUUUUAUUAUUAUUUCUAAGCUUGCAGAUUUUUAAGUAGAAAAACUGUCAAAAUGACGUUUUUAUCUUUGGAGUGAAAACUAUUAUUACUGCCAGAAACAGAUUGACUAAGAAUGUUACACAUGUUUAAAGUUUUGACAAUAUGUGCCUUCUUUCUAAAUGUUUUUAAAGGUUUACAAAGUACAAUAACCAAAAGUGCUAUUUCUUAUCUGAAUCUGUCUCUUGAAUAUUUAUGAUUUAUUUUGGCUGUUUUACACAGGAUAUGUGAUACUUAGCUUCAGAACUGAAUUGUACUGCCAGUGAAGACCAAAAAAAACCAAUAAAAAUUAAAAAUGAAAAAAAAA